CAAGCAAUUAUGUAGCCCGCCCCAUACCCGUCCACAGAGAUCCGAGUCAAAGUAGAACUUGAGGAGAAGUCUAGAGAGUGAAGGAAAGAGAACGCCACCAAAACCACUGCAAAAUCUCUCCCUAGUUUCCGUAACUAUAGCUUGCGAACUGCGAACCGGAGACAAUGGCUAGAGUCCCCUCCAAGCACUCUCGCGAUCAAGCUCAGGAUUGUUUGACUGGGCAGGACUUUGAGGGGCUUUUGAACAACUUACAGGAUUGGGAAUUAUCAUUCAAGGACAAAGAUAAGAAACUAAGAUCAGAUGGUGUCAGCGAGGGCAAACUGGAUCUUUUGGGUCAGGCAAGUAGAAGUACUGCUAGUGCUAGAGUUAAUGGAAAACAGACAAUGGAGAAAAGUCCCUCUUCUGACAAUACAAGUGCGGUCAGACAAUAUGAUUAUUUAACAGAAUAUGAGGCACUAAGUCGAUUAUCAGGUGGAAUCCAAUCUCAAGAGAGCUUUGUUGAUGCGAAUUCUGAGAAAGAGUUGGGUAAUGAGUUUUUUAAGCAGAAGAAAUUCGUUGAUGCAAUAGACUGCUAUUCACGAAGCAUUGCCUUAUCACCCACUGCAGUAGCUUAUGCAAACAGGGCAAUGGCAUAUAUCAAACUUAAAAGAUUCCAGGAGGCUGAAAAUGAUUGUACGGAAGCCUUGAAUUUAGACGACCGGUACAUAAAAGCAUAUUCUCGCCGAUCAACCGCAAGAAAAGAACUUGGGAAACUCAAAGAAUCUAUUGAUGAUGCUGAAUUUGCUUUGAGAUUGGAGCCACAGAACCAAGAGAUCAAGAAGCAGUAUGCGGAGCUAAAAUCUUUGCUUCAGAAGGAGAUUCUGAAGAAGGCAUCUGGAGGAUUGGCAGGUUCUGUGAGGGGAGCACAACCAGGGAAACCGGAGGUGGACAAGAACAAAAAUGUGCAGAAGCUCCAAGCUGUCUCAACAAGUUCUCCUGAGGGGAGAGUGGCUGAGAUUUUGGAAGAGCAUCCUGAGGGUAAUAAUAUUAGAGAUGUUGCUGCAGAAACAUCCAUGGAAGUGGAAACAAACAAUAUCAGAAGUACUGGAUUCAAACCUGAUACUGGCUCAGGGACUGCAAAGAAGAAAACCAAAGAUACCAAGCAGGAGUUGAGGGCGUCGGUGCAAGAGCUUGCUGCAAAAGCAGCUAGUCUUGCAAAGGCUGAAGCGGCAAAAAACAUUGUUCCACCAAAUUCAGCUUAUCAAUUUGAGGUUUCUUGGCGAGGAUUUUCUGGUGACCGUGACUUGCAGGCUCGCUUAUUGAAGGUGACUUCACCAACUGCAUUACCUGGGAUAUUUAAAAAUGCAUUGUCAGCCUCAAUACUCGUUGACGUCAUUAGGUGCAUCGCGACCUUUUUUACGGAGGACAUGGCAUUAGGUGUUGAAUACUUACAGAAUUUGGCCAAAAUCCCUAGAUUUGACAUGAUCAUCAUGUGUCUUUCGCCCUUGGAUAAGGCUGAUCUUUCCAAGAUAUGGAAUGAAGUUUUCAGCAAGGGGAUGACAGAUUACACUGAUAUCCUUGGUAAUUUGCGUUUGAGAUACGGCAUAAAACAGUGACGAGCUUUUGCUUUUGGUCGCAUCAUUGCUGGAGAAGCCAUUUUGGUCUACACAAGCACUGUUCUACUUCUAUUUCUGGAGAAGGCAUAUGCUUGGAGGAAAAAGCUGCAUAUCUGGUAGAUCAACAGGAAUUCAUUCUGGAGCGAGGGACUUGUUGAAUUGAAAUACACAGAUGAGUUGCUUCCGAUCUUUUGCAGGACUAUCAAAUAGUUUAAUGUUCAACAAGAAAAUAUAAUGUUAUUAAGUUUAUUACUUGAGAAACUUAAAUGUAAUUGUUUGAAAAGGGAAGUAGUUCUAUUGCUCAUUGUUUUUUAACUGAAGAAGGCUAAUGGAGAUUUGGUCUUGAAAGUA